AUGGCGUCUUGUCUCCCGACCUUUCCACGUGUAGUAUUUACUACUAUCGAGCCAAUUUCUUUAGUUGUCGGUUUUAUUGGUGUCGUCAUUGAUCCGGCGUGGUUCAUCGGUGAACAGAGCCCUCAAGAUGAUGGCAUUAGGGCCUCCCAUAACAGUAUCAUAGUAACGUGGCAGCUUGGAAACCUGUACUUGUUAAUGGCAUUUAUGGGAGUCGCAAUCCUGUCUACCACCAGUGAGCCCAAGGUUGUCCGGGCGUACCUCGUUGCCUUGUGGCUAGGAGAUAUUGGUCAUCUUGCGUUUACCUCCUACGGGCUUGGUUGGGAUGUGUCGUUGAGUCCUCUCAAAUGGAACGCCACAACUUGGGGAAACAUUGGUAUGACGUUGUUCCUCUUCUUCACCCGAACAGCCUAUCUUACUGGGCUGCUCGGCUCCAAUGACGUCAAAGCUGUUGCUGCAAAGAAGAACUUAUAG